AUGAAACAACGUAUUACCAGUUUGGAUCUUCAGAUUCUUACUUCUGAAUUAUCUAAAGAAUUAUUGAAUUAUAGAUUACAGAAUAUUUAUAAUGUUGCCAAUAGCACUCGUCAAUAUUUAUUUAAAUUUUCAAUUCCAGAUUCUAAGAAGGUGGUUGUGUUAGAAUAUGGAAAUAGAAUUCAUUUGACUGAUUUUGAAAGACAAACUACUCAACAACCUUCUAACUUCGUUACUAAAUUAAGAAAACAUUUGAAAACUAGAAGAUUAUCAGGUAUCAAACAAAUUCCGAAUGACAGAGUAUUAGUGUUACAAUUCAGUGAUGGGUUGUAUUAUCUUGUAUUGGAAUUCUUCAGUGCUGGGAAUAUAUUGUUGCUUGAUGAACAUCAAAAGAUUAUGUCCUUGCAAAGAUUAGUCACUGCAAAGGAAGAUGUUGACAGAUACGCAGUUAAUGAAGAGUAUAAAAUGUUUGAUAAAUCAUUAUUUACAGAUGAGUAUAAAUUUGAAAAGACUACGUAUACAUCUGAAGAUGUCAAGUCAUGGAUUGACACACAUAAGUUACUUUUGAAAGAACAUUCAGAUAAGAAGAAAGUGAGGGUAUUCUCAAUUCAUAAACUUGCUUUUGUUAAUGCAAAGCAUUUACCAAGUGAGUUAAUUCAGAAAUGUUUUCAUGAUUGUGGAAUCAACCCAAGUCAAAGUAGUCUUAAUUUUGAAGGAAAUGAGGAAGGUAUCGAAAGUGUAGUGAAAGCAUUAGAAGUCUGUGAAGAUGCGUAUUUAUCAUUAUUAACUGUCGAGAAAGAAACCACGGGUUAUAUAGUGGGGAAGAAGAAUGAGUCAGUAGAUGAAACUUCUGAAUUGAAUAUAAUCUACGAUGAAUUUCAUCCUUUUGAACCAUAUAAAGAGAAUUUCGAUGCUUUUGAAUUUAUACCAGUUCAAGGAUAUAACAAGACAUUGGACAAAUUCUUCUCAACCCUCGAAUCCAGUAAGCUGGCAUUAAAGAUAGAGCAACAAAAGCAACAUGCUAAUAAGAGAUUGGAGAAAGCAAAGAGUGAACGUGAUAGACAAAUCCAAACCCUUGUACAACAACAGGAAUUAAAUUCAAAAAAGGGAGAAUUGAUUCAAUAUCAUUCCGAAUUAGUGGAAGCAUGCCGUGCGUAUAUUCAACAAUUUUUAGAUCAGCUGAUGGAUUGGACCAAUAUUGAAUCGGUUAUUGAACUUGAAAAGAGAAAAGGUAAUAAAUUGGCUAAUUCUAUUGGAUUGCCGUUGAAUUUGAAAGAAAAUAAAUUCAAAAUUUUGCUUCCUGAUUUCGAAGAAGAAGACUCUGAUAGUUCUGAUGUCGAUGAAACACAAUCAGAAAGUGAAAGCGAAAGUGAAAGCGAUUCAGAAGAUGAAGACGACUUCCCCAAGAAAAAGAAAUCCACAGCUAAGAAAACUAAACAGAAGAGACCAAAUGUUGUUUCCACUUGGAUUGAUUUAUCAUUAACUGCAUUUGCAAAUGCCAGAUUGUACUUUGACACCAAGAAGACCGCCGAAACUAAACAAACCAAAGUUGAAAAAAGUACAAACAUGGCAGUUAAAAACGCCGAAAGGAAGAUCACGCAAGAUUUAACCAAAGCUCUCAAACAAGAAACUGAAACUUUAAAACAAAUGAGACCUAAAUAUUGGUUUGAGAAAUUUUAUUGGUUUGUUUCCAAUGAAGGAUAUUUAUGUUUGGCAGGCAGAGAUAAUGCACAAGUUGAUAUGAUAUAUUAUAGACAUUUCGGGGAUAAUGAUUUCUUUGUCAGUUCUGAUCUUGAAGGAUCUUUAAAAGUAUUCAUCAAGAAUCCAUUUAAGGGAGAAUUAGUCCCACCUUCGACUGUUAUGCAAGCUGGUAUUUUUUCUAUGUCUGCUUCAAGUGGAUGGAAUGGAAAGGUAACCACGUCGGCUUGGGUAAUGCAUGGUACUGAAAUAUCUAAGCGUGAUUUUGAUGGAUCGCUUGUUCCUUCUGGAGAAUUUAAUUAUAAAGGCAAGAAAGAAUAUUUACCUCCAUCGCAAUUAGUAAUGGGAUUUGGUCUUUAUUGUUUGGUUGAUGAGGAUACUACUAAAAGAUAUGCCGAGAAUAGAGUAAAUCGUGAAAAGGAACAUGGUUUGACUAUUACUCUUGAUAAUAAGAAGGCAGAGCUUGAAAAGAUCAAACAGACACAAAAAAUUGAGGAUACCAAGAAGGUUGAAAUUACCAAGGAAGAAACACCGCAAAGUGCUCAAGAAGAAGUCGAAGGAAGUCCUGAAGCCGAUUUGGAGUCUAUUUCGGACAGUGUUUCUUUAUCAACUGAGUCUAGACUGGGAAAAGCUACUCCAAUUCCAAGAGGUAAAAAAUCCAAACUUAAAAAAAUCGCAAAGAGGUACGCCGAUCAAGAUGAAGAAGAAAGAAAAUUGAGAAUGGAUGCAUUGGGAGUUCUUAAACAGGUUGAACAAAGAGAGGAUCAAAAGCUGAAAGAAGUGUUCGAGAGAUUAGAAGCCGCUAAGAGAUUGGAAGAAAAAGAAGCUGCAAAAGAAAGAAGAAGGAAACAAGAAGCUAAAGAAUACCAAAAAUACAUUAUGGAUGAAGUUGAUAGUGACGAAUCCCAUAUUACAAAUUAUUUAGAGAUUCUUGAUUCAUUUGUAUCCAAGCCAUCUCCAAAGGAUUCUAUUAUCAAUAUUAUUCCUGUAUUUGCUCCAUGGCAAUCAUUACAGAAAUUUAAAUAUAAAGUAAAAAUUCAGCCAGGAUCAGGAAAGAAAGGGAAAUCAAUUACAGAUGCUUUACAUUAUUUCACUACCAGAAAGAUGGACGAUUCUGGAUCAGAUACCGAUUUGGAUUGGCCAGUGGAAAGAGAAAUCGUUAAGACUUUGAAACCUAACGAUUUGGUUGGUGUGUUUACGGUUUCAAAAGUGAAGUUGGUCUUGCCAUCAGGUGCAGCACCUGAUUCAAAAAACAAGCGACAACCUGCUAAGAAAGGGAAGAAAAAGUGA